AAAACCGGUGAAAAAUAAAGUACCAAAGUACCUUUAAUGAUGAGAAGACCUACAAGAGGCAGCAGCUUUUUAUUGCUGAUGCUGUUUUUGAAUCUAGCAGUAUCAAUCAAUGCUUCGGAUAAUUGGCAACAAUUACCUACCCUGGAUACAUUUGCCAGCUAUGAGGACAUGCAACGCUACUUCGAUCAACGAAGAUUGCACAGCACUCGACAGAUUAAGAAUCCCACCGGUGACAGUUACUUGGCUGCUUUUAAUCAAUAUAAUGAGCAACCAGAGACGUCCAACCCUGCAACUCAUCUGCGUACCAAACGAGAAGAGCGUCAACUGCCGACUGCACCUCGCAUGCUGCGUUUCCAACUAAGCGAUGCAGUGGAGCCAAGUAAUGAAUUAAAGCAGCUUCUGCGAAUGUAUCGCGACAGUGCGCCCAAUAAAACAACUGUGGCAAGUGAAGUAACCAAAUCAUCGUCAAAGAACUCGAAGACAGGAAAGUCACAUCGAUCGCGACGAUCGACAGUGAAUCAACAACCUGCCAAUUUUAAGGUGCAAAUGAUUCCCUUUGAAGCGUCCGAUGCUCGCGAACCGGAUACGAUUACAGCCAAGCUUAUAUCGCGGGCCAGAGCCUUGGAUCUGCAAAGAGAACCAGUUUUGAUCAAUCAGCCCAUUCAUAAGACAACUACUAAGACGCCAAAAGCUUCGGAUCAAUCGACAAGGUCGCGAGCACGCCAAAAUAAACGUUCAAAGCGCUCAGCAUCUUUGCACGUGGUGAAGUUCGAGCUGGCUGAUGCCAAGACUGCCUUGCCAGACUCUUUGCAACGCUCUGGUAAGCAGUUGUUGACUAUGGAGACGCUAACGCCAGUGAAGUACAAUAGAACAGAAGAUGCAACCAAUCGAGUCAAGAGCAUGGACGAUAACAUGGUGCUGACUGGAGAAACUGCAUCCGAAACCAAACGCAUGUUUGUCUAUAAAGAUGCACCACAUGCCAAGACUAAAAAAUCGAUAACACUUCCGCAUGAGGUGCAAAAGGUCAUUACGCAUUUGAUUAAGGAUGGUCACGGGGGCAAGGCUUAUAUAAAGUAUUUAAAUCCCCAAAAUAGCAACUAUGAACACCUAAAGGCAAAGUCGGUUUCUUACGUCCACAAGCCAGCUAUAAAAUUGGUACCCGCAAAGUCCAUCGAGCCGGUUCAAGUUCAUAUUCAACCUGUUCCCGUCGUGGAGGAACUUCGUUAUGUCUACAAGCCAACUUUUAACAAAGUUUAUCCUAUUACACCAACCAUUAACCAGCCAAUUGUUGUACAAGAAACAGCAGCUCCAGUCCAGAAUGUUGAGGAGGUUCAUCAUACUUACAGUGCGCAAUUGGCACCUGCUCAAGCAAUUGCCGAUGAAGCUACAGCUGUGGUCCAUCCUUAUGUGGCAACAAGCUUUGCCGAACCUCAGUUUCACCCUUCAAAGCCUGAUCCUCUGCAGACGGAGCUGACGCAACAGGAUACCCUCUAUGAACACAGACCUAUAGAGCAAUACAAUUAUGAGACUCAAGCUGCGCCACAGCAACUGAUCAAGAUUGAAUAUCACGCUCCUGUUGACAGUAUUAACGAUCAUUACAAACAGAUGCCUGAAUUCCGGGAACUAUCAACUCUUAUUGGAAAGUCACCUGAUGAUCAAAUCCAUGGACUUACCUACUUAUUGGCCAAAGAUAUGCAAGCCAAGUUGCAACGCCAGCCCAAGCUUGUUAAAUUUCAAGAUCGUCCGCAGGAUAGCACAGCGCCUAUACUAUUUCAUCCACAGCAAAUUCCCCAACAAUCAGACAAAAUAAAUACUCCUAAUACACCAGAUCAUGGAACAUUAGGCGUGCAGCCAGGUCGAUUAAUUGGCAUGGCGAAAACUAAGCAAUAUGUGCCCAUUGUGGAGCCUGGCAACAAUGAUGUUGUGGAAUUACCUGUUGUUCCUAGCAGUGCCUCACCAAAGGUGCCCACGCCCAACUCUUACAUAGACUUUCAGCCCGGUCAUGGACUCUCAAAUGGCUACGAUGGAGCUCAAGAUGAACAACCUUUGACCACCUUAAAACAUAUAGGCCAUCAUUCAUCUGUACCCACUGUUUUAAAGGAAGAGACGGUUUUCAAAAAUCUUCACUAUGCGCCCAUCCAUAACGAUAAAUCGCUGCAGUAUGCCUCAAAGUAUGCGUUUGGCUAUCGCAUACGUGAUUUCCAUACCGGCAAUGAUUUUGGUCACAAGCAGAACAGAGACUCACAUGGUGUGACACGCGGUCAAUAUCAUAUUUUAUUGCCAGAUGGACGCAUCCAGAAUGUAAUUUACCAUGCUGACGAUACAGGCUUCCAUGCGGACGUUAGUUUUGAGGGCGGAAAAUCAAGACACUGAACGAGAUCAUCAAACAUCGGGAAAUGUGCAAUCAAUGAUGCUUAAGAUUUAGUUGUAGCUAAGUUAAGUGUUUUAUAUAUUAUAAGAUGGUUUACUUCUAAUUCUAUCAAUAAAUAAUUAUUUUCCACAUUAUAUUAAUAAUAGCUUUAUUUACAAUAAAUAAUGUAUAUUUCUUGUAUACUUUC